ACAGCGAUGAUAAUUGGAAGUUUGCCUGUUGUCUACUAGCCGGGUCUUGCUUAGUGCCUCAAACAGUUUCUCUUCAAUGGUGUUGUUAGUGUUCUCCUGGCUGGCAAAGCCCUGGUAUCCCCAACCCAGUUUAUUCUUGCAGAAUGAGACAAUAAGUCCAGCCCAGGUGAAAUCAUGGAGGCACUAGCAGGACCAGAUCAGUACAGAUGGGCCACUAUGAACCAUAAAGAGAGGCUGGCAGCAGCUGCUAUGGCCUUUACUCAAUUUUGUGCAGAGCACGGAGAUGGAGAUACCCUGAGAAGAACCCAUGCGCCAACCCAGUAUGACCCUUACACUAAAGCAUCAGUGGCUUCUGGGAUCAGGCCAUCUCUUCAUUUAUUGAUGCAGCACCACCAGGCAGAACACAGUGUGCAACCAGAGACUCUCUCAGAGGGUCUUAGAGGAAUGAGGAAGCCAGUAAUGAAGAGGAAAGUUCUGAGGCGGAUGCCAGAUGGAGAGGUACAUGUGUCUGAUGAGUCAGUCAUCAGCGAACCAGAAACCAGUGCUGAAAGCGACCCUGAGAUCUCAGACCUACAACGGAGAUUGCUCCAUUUACACCCCCAGCAGGAAGACACUGCAUCAGAGGUAGAAAGUGAGCCAAUCCACAAUUCCCAUGGAAAGCUUUACUUGGAUCUUCCUCGUCGCAGUGGCUCUCAUGGAGAUCCGCCAUUUCUUCCUAGGGAAUGCCACAGUCGGGGUUCUCCAGUUUAUGAACAAGACUUGAUUAUGACUGGCCAAUCAAAAUCCUUCAUUCCUCCAAGAUUAGAGCAGCAAGGUCGUAAUCGUGGUAAGAUUGACCGAGUGGCCCGCUACUUUGAGUAUAAGCGGGACUGGGAGUCAUUCCGGAUACCAGGGGAGGAUCAAAGGAAAGAAUUACGUUGGGGCAUCCGGGAACAAAUGUUCUACAAGCCUGACCUCCCAGCCAGGUCUCAACACGUCUAUGUCCCCAACAACUAUCUGGUGCCAACAGAAAAGAAGAGAUCUGCCCUGCGCUGGGGGAUACGCUGUGACCUGGCAAAUGGCCUCAUUCCCAGGAAGAACUCCUUUUCUUCAUAGUUAUCUAGAGUCUCUUCAACCUCCAUCCACAGAACUCUCCAUCCCUUAGUGCCAAUCAAAGAUCUGCCUGCUCUGCGCAGGAAUAGUGCAUCAUAUUUAGCUAUUUGUUCCUUCUAGAGAUCCUGAAUAUAUCAAGUUGACUAUGAUCUCCUUUGCUUCUAGACAAAGAGGGUUGAUUAUGGUAGAAAACAGCUUUACCUGGCCAGCUUCCUGAAUAUUUGCAUUGGAAUGUCAGUUGCAUGCCACUUAUCUUUCUAUUAGCAAAAUCCAAAGAGCUUAUCUUUGAAGACACUAUUGAGCAGCUUCUGAUACAAAGUGGAUAUAAUGUAAACAGUCAACCUACUGGAAUCUUCUGUGCUCAGGGGAAUAACCAAUAUCACCAAUUAUAUAUUUUUUGCCUUUUAUUUGCACUGGCUCCUGUGGAUGAAUUGCGGUUGUGCUACUGAUGGUGUUUUAUUUAUGGCUUCUGAGUGACAGAUACAUUUCUUCUAAUAAAGUAUGUGAAAAGA